AUGGUAUUCACGGAUGAAGAGCAGCCUCUGCUUAGGAUUAUAUCGCAUGAAUACGAAAGCAUCCAACAAGAGCGCAGUGGCGAGGAAACGGGGAAUGACGCGCUUGAUUUCGAGCCUCUGGACCCUGAAGACCCUAGAAAUUGGUCCAAGGCGUUCAAGUGGGGGAAUGUUUUCUUGCUUGCCCUAAUGGCAUUUACAGUCACAUUUACUUGUAUCGGCGUUGUGCCGGUCGCUAGCAAAAUCGUCGAGGACCUUGAUGGGAAGCACUCAAGCUCUGCGAACAGCGCCCUACUCGUUACCAUCUGGGAGCUUGGAGAAGCCGCUGGACCUCUGCUUAUCGCACCGCUGUCAGAAAUUCUUGGACGUUAUCCUGUCUUCAACGCUUGUAACAUCGGAUUCAUCGCUGCGACUAUUCUAGCAGUGUUGAGCCAAAACAGCGGCGUUUUCAUUGCUGCUAGGAUGCUCACAGGCCUUUGCGUCGCCUCGAAUGUCCUUAACCCAGCGAUUAUCGGGGAUAUUUUCGAGAGCGAGCAACGCGGAUCUGCCAUGUCUCUGGUAAUGCUUGCACCGCUUAUUGGAGGAGCUAUUGGUCCUGCCAUUUCGGGCGCGAUCGCGCAGACGAUAGGGUGGCGACGCAUGUUGACCAUUGCCGCUGGACUGGCCAUAGUGUGCGAAGUUCUGUUUCUUGUUUACUUCAGGGAGACAUACAAAAUGGCUAUCCUGAGGCGAAGAGCAGCAAAGACGAUGCAGGAAACCGGAGAAAUCCCUCAAUCCAAGAGCACGCAUGAGCAUCUAGCAAAGCUCUGGCACUCGAUCACUCGACCUUUUGCAGUGCUGUUCGGGUCCACUGUACUAAUGCUUCUCUCGUUGUUUGCUUCCGUCGCCUUCAGCUUCUUCUAUGUUGUCAGCGUUUCAUUACCGCUAAUUUUGAUGGAGAAGUAUGACUUCAGACUUGCCAUGAUUGGUACCACAUUCAUCUCAUUCAGCGUCGGAUCUUUCUGUAGUGUCCUAGUCUGCAACUUCACGCUUGACAGGAUUUACAUCAAGCUUCGCGGUCCUGAUGGUGAAAAGGGAAAGCCAGAAUAUCGCCUUCCUCUUUCUAUCAUUGGUGCGAUUCUGCUACCUUUCUCCGUAACCGCAUAUGGUUGGAUUGCGGAAUACCGUCUCCCGGUAGUCCUGCUUCUUGCCUCUGUAGCCUUGAUGGGGUUCUCGCUCCUUCUCACAGUCAUACCGUUGUCCGCCUAUGUCGUUGACGCUUGCGGGAUGUACUCGGCCUCGGCUAUGACCGGCGUCAUUGUCACCCGAUGCCUUAUGGGCACUUUCCUACCACUGACCACCGGUCCAUUGGCUGAUGCUCUUGGAUACGGACUGGGUUUCAGCAUUCUGGGCGCAGUGAGCUUGUGCUUGGUUAUCAUUCCGAUAUCGAUCUUUAGAUAUGGAGAGAAGUGGCGGCAGCUUUCAGAGUUUACGAAGGACUCUUGA